AGUGUAGAACUGGUGAACCGAUCGUCUUUUUUCGAACAAGUAGAACCUUGUAUUGUUUUCCUACUUUGACUUUGUUCAUGGGAAAAUCGAUCUCAAUUUCGUCUGGCGCAUGAAUAUGGAAGCAAAGGCAAAUCUUUGACAAAAAUUGAUGUCAAAAAAGGGGUUUUUGUUUCAAAAAAUGUGAAAGUCGCCCUGCACCUCCCCUUAUGCACGGAAUUAUGAAUGAUCCGGCUUCUUCCUGAAGAUAUCGCAAGAAUAGGUUUUCUCCCUACUACACCUCCGACGGAAGACAAAGGCACGGGAAAUCCGGUUCUACCAAAGUUGUAGGCGUGGCCGUGUGAUUGUUGUACCACAACGCAAUGACGCCUGGCAUGGGGGAGAAAAUAGGAUCUGCGGAUACCGCGGAAACGGAGAAGAGGAAACAAGAGGUGGAAGCCUCCCUGACCAGCUACGCCAGCCAUGUGCAAUACUACCUGGAUUUCUGCCGGCAGCUUCCGAACAGCAACAAGAAGUUCCAUACACUCGCAGCGCUGGUACACCUUCACUUCGUCUGCUCUUGCCUUUGCAUUAGUUACCGCCACCUAGAAUUUGUACGAUUUUUUACUCGGUACUUUUUCGCAAAUAAUCAAUGGCACAGACAAGAAGGUGGAAAGAGAUCAUAUGACUAGAAGAUAGCGUUUUCCUGGAAGAGCCUCCUUCGUGUAAGUUAAUCUAGUAAGCGAUUGCACCGAUCAUGUGCUUCUUGUUUUAUCAUAACGGGGCCGCUCCCCUGUGCCUAUAGCAAUGAAUUUGGGAGAAUUGUCGUCAUUUGACUUACUCAAGGCGUUGCUGAAGGAGAUGAUUCAGAAGGCCCAGUUGGUAACCGCAAGUGUGAGUCAUCACCUCCUCGAGCCGGAUCGUUUGGAGCUCUGCCGGUACGUGCAGAAAAUGAACGGAGAUGAGGUACUAAGCGAGUACCAAAAAAUAUUAUACCGAUCGAAUGAAAUGUGAUGAUUUACAAACUACCUAGACCUACGCAAAAGUCCGAGUUGCUAAAAAAAAAUUUUGUUGUGACCGUGACCGCAGAAGUAGCAGCACCACCACCACGAUGCAAACCAAAAUUUUUAUGAUGAAUAAAAAAUGAAUGACAUUAGGAAUGGGAGCGCAAUGUGGUGCACUUGCAGAAGUUGGUUCUGGAAUCCGUUCGCACGAAGUUAGAUCUCGCGGCACAGGACGCAGAGCCAAGCUGCUACCCCAGCUCCAACGACGAGGAGCAGCAGUUUCUGAAUUACGUAAACAGCGAGUACCAGCCACAGCAGGCGUCUGCAGGGCCAGUGUUGGCAUUGGCCCCGGCGACAGCCCCCGCUGCGAGUACAACAGCUUCACCUCCCGGCGCUGCACUAGUCGGCAAUGCCCUAACGCCCGGGGGGGCACCGCUGUUGAAGCCCGCUACCUUGCCAGCUAUCUCUCUCACACAGCAGCAGCCGGUUUUCACCGCCGCCGGAGCCGGGGUCGCCGCAUCGCCGCCGCGUCAGCAGUUCCAGCAGGUAGCACCCACCUCGUCCGAUAAUUUCGCUUCCACGGUCACCGGUUCCGACGAUGGGGGUGCGGGAGCGACGACCAACGGAGUUGCCGUCGGAGCGGGUGGAGCCAGGAGUAGCAGCAGUCCCGGUGGUCCCGAGAAUAUGAACAACAAGAAGGCUAUCGUGCCCGAGUUCAUUUCCAAUGCCGCGAACUGGUUCUUUGGGAGCAAAGACGCACCAGCCGGAGUGGACCAGGCCGGGGGUGGAGCGGUCGACCCAGCCAGCAUGGUUCAGUUCGAACCGGUGGACGGCAGCUCCCUUACUGUUGUCCCCGGCACGAAGCCGGUUCCCGGACAGCUUCAAGCGCCAAACCUGUUCGCUGGCCUCGCUGCUCAGCACAAGGAGAAGCAAAAUGCAGAGGUACUUAGAUAGAAAAUCUUGCUAGUACAACUGCUGCUCCUGCUACUACGUCCAUUUGUUGACUUCUUGUCAUCUCUUAGUCUACUACUUACAUGACACAUGCAAGUAGAGUAGAAGGCGAAGGGAAAACCGACGACUGCCUUCAAGAACAGUAGCAGAAGAGCUCUCUAAAGGGGGCCGUAAGACGUGCAUAAGUAGAACAAGACAAUGUCGCGUCCUUGCUCUAGUGCUUGCCACUGCUUGUUCGAUGUUGAAAUUAUAGCGCUUGCAACAACAGAACGCGGCUGCUGCGGCUGCAGCACCGACCCUGCCCGCCGUUGGCUCCUCCUCGUCGACUAGCAAGGUCAUGCCACUUACCCCGCCAGCGAUACUCGGUGUGACGCCCACAUCACUGGUCGCGGUAGCGUCACCCGGGGUAGUCGCCCAAAAAUUGUCAGCUGCUGCUGGUGCUCAAGAGGACGCAAGCGUACCCGAGCUGCACAAAAACCCUUCAAAAACGAGAAACCCGGAAGACGCCCGGGAGGAGGCGAGCGGUACGGAGCCAGCGGCAGCCACUGCACCACGCGACCAGAUGGUGUCUGCCACCAUGGAAAAUCCAAACACUACGAUUCUUGCAGAAGAUGCGCAGCAGGCAGGACUGACCGCCGCUCCCGGCUCAGGCGCGCCUAUACUGCCACCGUUGGAUCCAAACACGUUCAGCUUCUUCACAAAAGAGCAAGAGCAGCCACCGUCGAUGGAGGUGAACCUCAAAUAUUAUAGCCGGUCCCGGUGCCGGCUUCUUUUUACUUAUAAUAUCUUCUUGUGAUUGACCUUGACGUGGCUCUGCCUCCUCAGCGUCAGUAGAACUACUUUUCGCGUUGUUUCAACAUACAGGAACUACAGGGGAUUGAUACCAUAUCAUAUGUCGUGUGCUAGUGCUUUGGUUAGCUUAUAACCCACAAAGCCUGUUGCCCCCUUACAGGAGAUGAUGGCGAAGGUGAUGACGACCAUGAGCCAGCCGUUCGAAUUCAAGGCGCGGCCCGAGCUGAACGUCCGUCCCCUGCAACCUCCAGAGGCCCAGAAGAUUCGGGCGAACGCCGUGGGAUUGAAGCAAGAGAGCGAUACGAUCCAGCAGAAGAUGAUGGAAACGAUUAAACGGUUUCACUCGGUGGCGGGUCAAUUACCGCCCCAGAAAUUCGUGUCCUUGGAUGCGCAACCGCUUAAAUUUUUAAACGUCGACCCCUUGCACAAACAAGGACCACUCACUCUGGGGAAGGUUGCAGCAAACCCAUUGGCGUUCAGCAGCAACAAUCUUGCGGACGGGGGCGCACCGCCUCAGGUAUAAUUGUUGGAUGUAAAUGCACAAUCUUCAACGGAUUUGCAACUCCAGUUGAGUUCCGGGAAUCAUGCUGAAAGAAAGAACCCGUGAUUACGGUGAGUCGUUCACGUUCUUGUAGUGCGCAAAAAUAAAAUCAGAAAACUACACAGCUGCAGGGUGGUGUGCAGCGUAUGGGCACCAACUUCAGUAACGCCGCCGUGGGAGGACCCGUCAACGGCAACAUCGUACAAGUUGGCCGCGGGACGGAAGUUCCUUCGUGGCAACAACUACAGGGGGCGAUGGGUCAGAUGCAGCAUCAACCGCACCAGAGAGGCACAUCCAACUCGUCGUCAAAGGAAGGAAUCCUGAACCAAGUUACGCGUGUGGAGCCGAACGUGGAGUAUUAUUCCACCACCCAUAACCGUUGGAUUCCGGCGGUGUUGCUGGGAGAGAACAGCGAUGGCACACUCCGCCUUGACGUGAAGAUGUGUGCCCCGGUAGAGCGCGUCCGUCUCCUUCCAAACUUCCAGCCGCAACCAGAAAAUCCAGGGGCAGCAAUACACGACGUCGUCGACCAGGUUCUUUCACGGAGUAAAAGUUGCUGGUCUACUACUACUCUCGUCGUGCACGCAACCUGGCAACAUCUGAUCUUAUUUAUUCUAAUUACGGAAUAAAGUUUGCUGUGAGCAGCAUGCAGCACGGGGCAACAAGUAAACAAACUAACAAUAUGUAGUUGAUGUUGAAAAAUACAGUCGCAUCUUAUAAAAAUAUGAGGUCCCGCCCACGAACCCGGUCCUGACUCAACCUCAGCUCGGUGCCGGAGCGUCCAUGGCAGCGCCACCUGCGCCUGACCAGAUCAUCUCCGCCGAUCCCUACUACCUACCCCGCAUGGUAUGGCCUCCUCACGUGUUACACUCUCAGCUGUUACACAGCAAAGACGUUUUUGUUUUUCAACCUAAAUAAAUCUGCGUCGCCUGCUCUUUUCGCAUUUUCAUCUUCAAGCUACGCAUCACAAAUGUGAGAUGUUCAUCUUCAAAGCGAUAAUGGACAAUGGCGAUGAAUGUCGGUGCGGUUGUUUUAGCAUCACACAUGUGAGAUGCCUCGAAAAGGGUCAAGAUCUUUGCAAAAUUUGUCAUCCGAACGGCGCAGCGUGUCUUGCUUUUCGUUUUCCUUUGCUGUUUUGCCAUGAAGAACGCUCUCGAGGGUGUAAGUAACGCCUGAGAAAGUAAUCGAGUUGAGAAGGCCAUACUCGGCGCCCCCCUCUUCAGAACAACAGCAACAGCACGAUGCGCCCCGCCGGUCUGGCGUCGGCUGCGGUAUCCCAGACGUGCAGGCUUUAUCAAAUUUGGGAGCAGGUGGCCCCGGAGGCGCAGCAGCUUCCUCCAGCAAUCCCGGUUCGUGCCUCAAAAAGGUCUCCGACCCUCGAGGUCUUGCCGAGGCUGAAAGCAAGGCAGUGCGGUUCAACCAAAAAACUUCUGUGUACUCCGCAGGUGUGCGCGACAGUUGCGCUAACCCCCCACAGCUAGGCAACUUUGCCAACGACGGGGGAGGCCAGGUACGGACGUUACAAUGUUCUUGCAAGAACGACCGCAUGGAUAUUUAGAUUUACUGAAUUUGAAUAAUUGAACUAUUUAAAAAUAAAUCAAAAAAAUAUCGAUGCGCUCAGCGUUGAUGCGAUUUUUGUGAUGCUUCUUAGACUACUGCUCUAGUAAACUUUUUCGGAAUUGCAAGCACAGUCAACACAAGAAUAUAUGUGAUAAAUACGUGUGGGAAUAUUAUUCCCAUAAGAAUAUUAUUCCCAUGCGUUGUACUUCCUGAAAACCCAAAUCGUGUUUGAUCCUCGUGGAGUGAUCAUCCUUCUAUUUACUGCUUCAGGGUCCCGUUCUUGCAGAUCCAGAAGACGACCGAGAGCACCACCUGCUUGAUACCGAAACGCAACAGAUCCUGGAGAUGCACAAGCUCGGUGAGCGCUACCGUGCCUUUUCUGAGAGGGUUUCCAUGAGCCUCAACAACAGCCAUGUCGCUGAGGAGCCGUCCUCAAAGCGCGGGAACCCUACUUCGACGAGCGCCAACGAGUAAGAUACAUUCUACAUUUCCUCACUUUUUUUGUUAUGCUCCUGUUUCUUUCCAUUCGGAGUUUCUGAGCGCACGGACGCGAUAAUCCUGCACUCAAUCUUCAGAUGCAAUUCACAAUUUCAGCAUUUUCAUUGCUCUAUUGUACCUAGUGACAACUGUAAUUCGUGAAAUGGAAUAUACUAUCAUAUUGCUCUUUUUCCCUUUCCAUUCGAGCGUGGUGAUUCCAUUUAUUGUGGGAGCGUAGAGAAGUUGCGUCUGCCUAUUUUUGUUCUUCACAUCUUGUCGUGCUUUCGUGCGAAAUACGUGUAUAUUAUGAAAAUGAAAUAUCCCCAUGAGUCCUAAUUGAAUUUGACGGUCCAAAAAUGGACUUUCAGAACUUCGCGAUCUGUGACCUGCCCGAAAUUCAUGGAAACUAUUGACGAGCUCCACGGUAUGUUGGUGAAGUUGCUUGAGGAUCCCAGCCUGGCCGAUCACCAAGAGGCAGCCCGCAUAUCCGCCCGCAUCGAAGACCACAAGCGCCGCGUCUCCGAGUUCCGCACGUCCGCUGGUGCCGCAUCACAGCACGCCGAGCAGUAUGAAGACCGCAGAGUAGAUCCUCAGGAGUGCUACGAGCAGGACCAUGCUGAACUAGCGUACGAAGAGGAUCAUGUUCUUGAUGCUGAGGAAGCAGAAUUACAUGACCACGAACGGAGAUUGGAGGAAAUGCGACAGCGCGCGGUAAGGAAUAACGUCAACGGCGAAAUCAUGGUCGCAGACGAUUCGGACUUCCUGGAUCCGCGCGACGCCGGUGUGCUCAGCGGCGGGCCGCAUGAAACUACCAUGUCCUCCGAUGCGCUACCGCCGCAUCUGGUGGCCCCGGAACACCAUAUGUUGACACAAGACGAGGAUGACAUUGAGCAGUUUCACGACACAACGGGUCGGGGAUAUCAGGACGUCGAGCGUCGUGGUUUCCGAAGCGAUGAGCAGUUCCUCUCCAGCCGCGAAGAGGAGGACGUGGGGUCCUACAAAAAUAAAUACGGGAACGACCAUUCGCAGUCCGUCGGUUCCCGCCGCGAAGUGGAGGAGGAGCCCUCGGUGGGCCACGGUUUGCCGCACAACUAUGUGCCAGAGCAGCACCAGCCAACCGACAAGUCUCGGGAAUUCUAUCGGAACGGUCGCAUGUACAAGGCGUCCUACAGUGCCUCCGGAAACAAAUCGGAACCAGAACAACCCAACCGAGCAACGUGGUCUCCUCCAAAAAUGUCAUCUGAUUUCUCUAGCAGAAAAGAAAAAGACAUGGUACGUGGCACUCUUACAUUUGUUGAUAGGAACAGAAGUUGAAUAUCAUAUCUAUGAGUCAUACCUUUACGUACAACAGUAGUAGCACAACCGCUUGUUUCACAGUCAUCGUCAUCAAAAAAAUUGGCUCGUGUUGACAAGUACUGGCACAACUUGAUGGUGUGUUUAGUGUGUUCAUAUCGGAAGAAAAUCUCGUUUCCAUUCCCAGUGCACUUUUCGCCUGAAAUAAAACUGCAGACACCGCCGCUGCUUCCGUUGUCUGCGACCAAAUCCGGGAAUUCGACGAGACCGAAUAUCCGCUAGAACGACGUCCCCAUCGCAUAGUCAUCGUCAAGCCGGAAACGUUGUUACACAAAUCCACAAGCUUCCGGAGUCGCGCAUCAUGACAAUUAAUUUUCUAUCUGGUGUAGUGUAGCGUAAGCAGGUUCGCAAAGACCACAGCCGCAUCACAAAGGCCGCAUCUGGAUCUGCUAAUCCUAUUUACCGCCAGGACUACAAAAAUCCGACUCAGGAUGCCUCUCAUGAGGAUUCGCAGUGAUGUUCCUGCAGAUGCAAAUCCGCAUGACAACUCGAACAUCUGCGGGGCAGCCGGGCGGGCGGGCACAGAAGUGUGCUGCAAGUGCAAAUGCAAUCAAUGCCUUUGUUUAGCAUGGCAACCCUGGGGUGAGGACGUUUUCACUGAGGAUACCGGAGCGCAUGUUUUCAGGGCGGGUAGCUGACAACGCGUGGAUGCGGAAACGUCAGGAGCAGGAGGACUGA